UCAGUGACUGACUGGCCGACGCGAGAGGAGAGCCCAGUGUAUGUGCGGCAACACCAUGUCUGCUCCGCUCCCAGCCAUUGUCCCGGCCGCCAAGAAGGCCACCGCCGCGGUCAUAUUUCUCCAUGGAUUAGGAGAUACUGGGCAUGGCUGGGCAGAAGCAUUUGCUGGUAUUAGGAGUCCACAUGUAAAGUAUAUUUGUCCGCAUGCGCCUGUCAUGCCAGUUUCUCUCAACAUGAAUAUGGCCAUGCCUUCCUGGUUCGAUAUUUUUGGACUUGCUCCAGAUUCACAGGAAGAUGAAGCUGGAAUCAAACAAGCAUCAGAGAAUGUGAACACACUUAUAGAACAAGAAGUAAGGAAUGGAAUACCCUCAAACAGAAUAAUUUUGGGAGGAUUUUCUCAGGUAAUACUAAUAUAACAAUUCUGAUUCUAU